GGGGGAGAUUGUGCUUUUGCUUCUGUCCAGGCUAAGGACAGGGUAAGGUACCGCCCCUCCUUUUGCAGACCCGCUUCUUGCACGUUGUGCCCCAGCCGCUCCAUUCGGCGUGGAAACGCGGGGUUGCCCAGUGCGCCUGCAGAAAACGAUCAUUGAAGACGAAAGAAAGAAAGUCAGCGGAUUGAACACAGACGUCCCGUGUGGAAGUGUCCAAGGAGACCGACAGAAGUGCUCCAGCCGAAGUCUGUGAGAGUUUCCUUCUGGCCGAGAGGGGGAGCCCCGCGUUCCCAGCCGGGAGCGACCCGGCGUCCCGAGCCCCAGCCCCAGCCCCAGGCACGACCAGCGCCAGUUUAGGCUUCAGCUGAUUAGGAAGAGGAGGGAGGGGGCCGAGAGCGCGAAGAGGGAGGGGACCCGAGCCAGAGGGUCCCGAGUCCUGCGCGGUGUCGACGUAGAGAAACUUUCCCUGUCGGCCACGGAAAGGCGCCCAGGCUGUGCGGGAGCGGAGAUCGGCGAGCUCCGCAGACCCAGCAGCUCUCCACGCCCCUGCCCGAAGCCUGACCCGACUGCAUCACUCAGCAAGGAGAGGAAGUGAUAGAAGAAGAAUUCUGUUGGCAGCUAUAUGAUUGAAGCUACAAAAGGCCAAGUGUCCAUAUAUUCUUUCAACUAUAUUUGAGCAUAUUCAGGAUACAAACUGUGAUUGAACUGAACGCUUAUUUGACAGAGCCUCAUCAUGAACCGUGCUUUUAACAGGAAGAAAGACAAAACAUGGAUGCAUACACCUGAAGCAUUAUCAAAACAUUACAUUCCCUAUAAUGCAAAGUUUCUUGGCAGCACAGAAGUGGAGCAGCCAAAAGGAACAGAAGUUGUGAGAGAUGCUGUAAGGAAACUAAAGUUUGCGAGACACAUCAAGAAAUCUGAAGGCCAGAAAAUUCCUAAAGUUGAGUUGCAAAUAUCAAUUUAUGGAGUAAAAAUUCUAGAACCCAAAACAAAGGAAGUCCAACACAAUUGCCAGCUUCAUAGAAUAUCAUUUUGUGCAGAUGAUAAAACUGACAAGAGGAUAUUCACUUUCAUAUGCAAAGAUUCUGAGUCAAAUAAACAUUUGUGCUAUGUGUUUGACAGCGAAAAGUGUGCUGAAGAGAUAACUUUAACAAUUGGCCAAGCAUUUGACCUGGCAUACAGGAAAUUUCUAGAAUCUGGAGGAAAAGAUGUUGAAACAAGAAAACAGAUUGCAGGUUUACAGAAAAGAAACUUAGUGUUCUCAUGUGACUUUGCUUCACUUCCUGAUGCUUCUCAUGGGGAUCAGAGCAGCAGAAGCAGCAGAUGCUGGAUCCAAGACUUAGAAACAGAAAAUACGGAACUUAAAAAUAAAGUACAAGAUUUGGAAAAUCAGUUGAGAAUAACUCAAGUAUCAACAUCUCCAGCUGGCAGUGUAACACCGAAGUCACCCUCCACUGACAUCUUUGAUAUGAUUCCAUUUUCUCCAGUAUCACACCAGUCCUCCAUACCUACUCACAAUGGCACACAGCCACCCCCAGUACCUUCGAGAUCUGCUGAGAUUAAACGGGAUCUGUUUGGAGCUGAACCUUUUGACCCAUUUAACUGUGGAGCAGGGGAUUUCCCUCCAGAUAUUCAAUCAAAAUUAGAUGAGAUGCAGGAGGGGUUCAAAAUGGGACUAACUCUUGAAGGCACUGUAUUUUGUCUCGACCCAGUAGACAGUAGGUGCUGAUGUCAAGAACAAGAGUUCAUCCAUGUUAAAUUUUUUUGUAUACACAUAUAUCAUUCAUUAUUACUUUGGAAAGUAUUAUACAUGUGCCAAAAUAUAUUUUAAUAUCUUAAUAUUUUGAAAGUCAUCACGGUAAAAUUUCCUCACACUCACUGUUGAUCUGUAAUUUUAUUUUAAAACAACUUAGUAUUAUGUAUAGCAUACUUUAAAAUUCAUUUGUUUCUGUUGCAGUGGAAUUUAUAAUUGAAAAAGAUUAUGCAAAUAUCUGCUUUGUCUAAGUUCCAAAUAAUUAGCACCUUGAAAUUUGUGUUCAUUCUCCAGGCUGUUAAUUUAUUAUUGAUGUUCAAAAAGCCAUACCUUAAUGAAACUGUUUAAAAUUCUGAAGAAAUAUACCAAUACCAAACUAAACAUGCCCUAUUUUCAAAGGAAAAAGCAUGUUGCCAUUCAUUUGACAGAUGUCAUUCUAUGUAUAAAAUGUUCACGUUGUUGGGAAAAUUUGAACUUUGCCUACUAUGUUACCAGGUCACAAAUUUUUAGUUGGUUAAUAAAGGAUAGAAAUUCCAAUAACAAUUCAAUCAAAUUU